AUGGGAAAAGCAAAGGGAGGAAAGAAGCGCCCUCUGUCGAGCGCGCCCAAGAAGGCCGAGCCGAAGAUCAAUCCCUUCGAGCGGAAGAUUGUGAGACCGAAAUUCUCGGUGCUGGGCCGCAAUCUCAAGGAGACCGAGAAGACGGCAGGCCAAUCGCGUCAGGUGGCAACCGAAUCGCGUAAGUCGACCCUGCUGAAGGAGUACGAGCAGCUGGGCAAGGCCAACAAGUUCGUGGAUCAGCGUAUCGGUGAGAAGGACAAGUCGCUCUCGCGCGAGGACAAGGCUCUCCAGCGUUUCCAGAAGGAGCGACAGGCCCGCUUCAAGAAGAGCGAUGUGUUCAACCUCGAGGAAGAGGAGCUUACGCACAUGGGCACCUCGCUCUCCAAGAUGGACGACUUUGGCGAAGACUUCAAGGACUCCUCCGACGACGAGGAGGGCGGCCACCUGGACGCCGACACGGUCAACUCGCUGCACUUUGGCGGCUUCGAGUCGGACAAGCAGGACGAGGCCGACGGCAAGCGGAAGAGCAAGCGCGAGGUCAUGUCGGAGCUGAUCGCCAAGAGCAAGUUCUACAAGGCCGAGCGACAAAAGGAGAAGCUCGAGGUCGAGGAGCUCACGGACAAGCUCGACGACGCGUGGCGCGGGCUGCUCAAGCAGGGCGCCUUCGCGGGCAUGGUGCGGAACAACCGGCGGGAGGACCCCGUCGACCUCCUCAUGAAGAGCCUCGAGCGGGCCAAGAAGGGCGACAAGGGCCUCCAGGUCGCCACAUCUGCCGCCGAAGCCUUCGACAGCAUGCAGGACGAUAACGAAAACAAGGACGACUUCAACAUGCUCUUCCGUGAGCUGGCGUUCGAGAUGAAGGGCAAGGCCACGGACCGACUCAAGACGCCCGAGGAGAUCGCCAAGGAGGAGAAGGAGCGGCUGGAGCAGCUCGAGCGUGAGCGACUGCGCCGCAUGCAGGGCGACGUGAGCGAAGACGAGAGCGAGGAUCAGGAGGAGGAAGGAGAAGAGGAGGACGAAGAGGGCGAAGAGGGAGAAGAGGGAGAGGAGGAGGUGGACGGCGAGGAGGAGGAUGAAGAUGACGAUGAAGAAGACGAGGAGGCAGAGAACGCCAAGGAAGCGGAAGCUGAAGACGACGAUGAGGACGAGGACGGCGAAGCGGAGGAAGACGCGGCGAGCACGGGCAAGAAGCGCAAGCACGCGAUCGAUGACGAGGAGGACUACUUCCUCGAGCCCCAGCUAGACGACGACCUCGGCGGCGGCGGCAGCGACGACGAGGACGACGAUGAAGAUGACGGCGAGGGCGAUGACGGCAAGAGGAAAAAGAAGAGCAAGAAGGCGGCCCUGCCCGUGUUCGGGCAGAACAUCGAGGAUCUGCCCUUCACCUUCGAAAUGCCCGAGAACCACAAGGCGUUUUUGCACAUCGUCAAAGACAGGGACAGCACCCAGCUCGACGUGGUGGUGCACCGUAUGCGCGUGUGCCACGACCUCGCCCUCUCGGCCGACAACAGGGCCAAGAUCGAGCGUCUCGUGGGGAUUCUCUACGAUCACUUUGCGCACGUGGGCAAGGCCGACAAGGUCGACAUGCCGGCGCUGGACGUGCUCACCAAGCACCUGUUCCAGCUCGCGCAGACCAUGCCCGACCCCUCGGCCCGCGCCGCCCGUGAGCGUCUCACCGCCAUGCAGCAGGCCCUCUACACGCGCCUCACCACCGUUCAGCUGAGUGGUCGCAAGGGAACGUGGCCGUGGCCCGGCGUGGAGGAGCUGCUCUUCCUCAAGCUGGUCUCCGUCAUCUUCCCCACCACCGAUUUCCAGCACACGGUGACGACGCCCGCGGUCCUGUUCAUCGGCCAGGUGCUGUCCCAGUGCCCGCUGACCAACCCGCUCCACGCCGUGGUCGGCCUGUUCCUGGCCAACCUCGCCUUCCACUACUUGCAAGGCACGGGCCGGUUCAUGCCGGAGGUGCUGUUCUUCAUCAACGAUCUGCUGUCGGUCGCGCUGCUCUCCAACAUGCCCUCGGUGUCGGCCCUCGCCGAGACCGUGUCGUCGUUGGUGCGGGAGACCUCGACGGAGCCCUUCCUCCGUCUGGGCUCCUCCGGCGCGGCCAAGCGGCCCAACAAGAAGGCCAGGAAGUCCGUCGACAAAAACGAGGCCGCCGCUGCCGCCAUUCCGCCCUUCAACUUUGUCGACAUCUUCAGCAAGCUGCCCACCGACACCUACUUCAGCGAGGACACCUUCAAGUUGCAAGUGCUGCAGACGAGCGCGCGGCUGGUGUCGCAGUUCUCGACGCACUACUUCCAGAACGCCGAGCUGCAGUCGUACCCGGAGAUCAUCUUCACGCCCUACGCCAUCGUCGCCAAGCUGCUCCGCGCGGUGGCCGGGCGUCGCGUGCUGCCGGCGCAGCUCGAGGCCCAGCUGCAGGAGGUCAAGACCAAGCUGGGCACCGGCAUCCAGCGCAAGGUCGACCAGCGGCUGCCCCUCAGGCAGAGGCGGAAGCCCGUACCCAUCCGCAUGCUCAACCCUCGCUUCAAGGACAACUUCAAGGUGGGGAGGGACAACGAUCCGGACCGCGAGAGGGCCGAGAAGAAGAAGUUCGAGCGCAUGUACAAGAAGGAGCUCAAGGGCGCCAUGCGAGAGCUGCGCAAGGACACGGCCUUCCUGCAGACCGAGCGGGAGAAGAAGAAGAGGCUAGACACCCUCGAGCGACAGGAGAAGACCAAGCGCGUCAUGAACAUCCUCUCGACCCAGGAGGGCGACGUCAAGAAGAUGGAGCGGAUGAAGAACGCCAGCGUCCGCCACUCCAGCUCCGUCCUCUAA